AUGGCGUCGCCGGCGGCAGCUUCACUCCGCCAGCACCCACUCCUCGGCGGCGGCGGUGGCGGCGCCACCGCUCCACGCCGCCGGGCUUGCGCCCUCGGGAGGAAGGCCGCCGCUGCCGCCGUCCGGUGCGCCACCACCACGGAGGAGGAGAUUACCCGGCGGAUCACCGUGAAGAACGGGAACGACUCGCUGGACAUCUGCCGGGUCCUCAACGGGAUGUGGCAGACCAGCGGCGGCUGGGGCCGCAUCGACCGCGACGACGCCGUCGAGGCCAUGCUCCGCUACGCCGACGCCGGUCUCUCCACCUUCGACAUGGCCGACCACUGUAAAUAAUCAAAUCCCCUUCUGAAACCCCCUUCUGAUAUCCCCUUCCUCAACCCUGCUCUCCGGUGCUCCUCUUUUAAUGACUCUCUCUCUCUCUCUCCCCCCUUUUUUUUGGCAGAUGGGCCGGCGGAGGAUCUCUACGGCAUCUUCAUCAACAGGGUCCGGCGGGAGCGCCCGCCGGAGUUGCUCGCCGAGGUCAGGGGGUGAGUGAGCUCUGGGAUCACCUUUUUCAGAUGAUCUCUAAGCUUAACCUACCCAUCCGCCGCAUUCCUCCCACUCGAUGCGAGAAUUUCGCUCAACGAUUCCUGUGGUGGCGCAGGCUUACCAAGUGGGUGCCGCCGCCGGUGAAGAUGACGAGCAGCUACGUCCGGCAGAACGUCGACAUCUCCAGGAAGAGGAUGGACGUCCCCUCUUUGGACAUGCUCCAGUUCCACUGGUACCCCCUCUUCUCUUUCCCCUCUGAAACUCGGAUUGAUUCCCCUCGGGUAUGUCCUUCACCCACUGAACAAGCCGUUGACUUUCUACUCAUUUGGGGGUGCCGGGCACCUCAAAAAACCCUAAAUAUUUCUGGGUUGUUAGAUCAUCCCGUGUGGGUGUGGGUGGGAACUCAAAGGUGGCAUUUCUUCCGACGAAUUUCCUGCCUGCAUGCGAUUCUACUCCUGAAGCAUUCCGCUUCUAACAGGUGGGACUAUUCCAACCCCGGCUACCUCGACGCGCUGAAGCACCUGGCCGAUCUCGAAGGCGAAGGUUCGGAAGAGCACUCCCUGUUUUUCGUAUUAUAUAAGAUUUUAAGCUGAUUAUAUAAGAUUAUUAAUGGUAUGGUUUCAAUGAGAGAUCCACAGGUAAGAUCAAGACCGUGGCGUUGACCAACUUCGACACUGAUCGGCUCCACGUCGUCCUGGAAAACGGGAUCCCGAUUGUCAGCAACCAGGUGAGAAGAUGGCCAGGCCGGCCUCCACCGUCUGACUUUGACCCAGCUGAAGUCGCGAGUUGACUCCCGUGUUCUGUUUGUGAGCCAGGUGCAGCACUCUAUUGUGGACAUGCGGCCCCAGCGGAGGAUGGCCGAGCUGUGUCAGCUCUCCGGAGUCAAACUCAUCACGUCUGUGUUGACUUGACUUUCUCCCGUGCCGUGCCCCCAUGAGCCGGCAGCAUCAGCCCCCUCCUCCGGUAUCUGAUGGAGUCAACGGUGCAGGUACGGAACCGUGAUGGGUGGCCUCCUGUCCGAGAAGUUUCUGGACACCAAUGUCUCCAUCCCCUUUGCCGGGCCCCCUCUCAACACCCCCUCCCUGCAAAAGUACAAGAGGGUGAGUCAACCCCCAGAAAAAGAAAAAAAAAAAGUUUUCAUAUUUAGGCCCAGCAUUAUGUUGAAGAACUGGCUGAGCUGCAUUAUGUUUGACCAUCCAUUCUGACAGAUGGUCGACGCGUGGGGGGGAUGGAGCCUCUUCCAGUCCCUGCUUCAGACACUGAAGAGGGUCGCCUCCAAGCACGGCGUCUCCAUGUCAACGGUGGCGGUGAGGUACAUACUGGAUCAGGUAAAUGUCCCCCCUGCCCCAUUGGCGGCAGCGUUGACUUAUAGAUCUCUCUCUCUCUUCUAAACCGGGCCGUUGACCUCGCAGACGGCGGUGGCUGGGUCAAUGGUGGGUGUGAGGCUCGGCCUGGCGGAGCACAUCGUUGACUGCAACGCCGUCUUCUCCCUCGCCCUAGACGAGGAGGACGUGGGAAGCAUCAACGAGGUGUCGAGGAAGGGGAGAGACCUGCUGGAGAUCAUCGGCGACUGCGGCGACGAGUACCGGCGUUGA